UAUUUUCAUACACAUUUCUGCAUCAUUCACGAUGAUGCUUUACGUACUACUGGGCUCCAUGAUCCUUGCGCAGAUCUGUGGUGCAGAUGAUAAGAUAACCAAGGAAGAAUUAGUGCAGUUGUAUAAUGACGCUAUCGCUACCCUUAACGCAACCGUGGACAUCAAUCUUCAAAACGUUCAAAACGAUUCGGAUUUUGUAGGAAAUCACGUUAACGUGACGUUGAAAGGUUUAGACGACCGUUUCGACGCAUCAAUUGGCCCAUUGCGGGAAAAAUUAGAGGAUAUCAUGGAGGUUGCCGAGAAUCAAGGUACAAAUUUCGAUCGUUGUCAAAUAUUCGUCGAGGAGAUCGAGGAUCUUCCAUCCGGCGUGGUACCCGAGACCACUGAAUGCAUCGACGACCUAUGGGAAAAAGCGGACCUUUACUUUAAUCAAACUUUGCAAAACGUCGUGUAUAAUUCUUACGAAUUUCCCGAUUUUCGUGAUGUCAUUGACGACUGCAACAACGACACUUGCAUAGCAUAUUGGCAAGGAGCCAUAGAGAAUUACAACAGAACUUUGUUGUUGGAAAUUAACUCGUUCACGGACGACGCUGACCGAAGGGCUGGCGACGUGUACAAUCAAGUGAUCGAGUGCGUUGAAGCGAGAGAGCAAAAUAUCAACGUCAAAGCCGGGAUUUACUUGGACGAAUAUGCCGUGUGCGCGGGGGUCGAAACUUUAAUAUAGUUUUGCGUGAGUUAGAGCUGCCACUAUACCGUAAAUAGGAUGACUUUGAACAAAGUUGAUGUUUAUAAUUACCAAUUAACUAACCAAUAAAAUCUUUCUAAAUUGUAUA